AUGGGAUUCUUUACAUCACCUACUUCCUUUCGACUGGCCAAUCUAGCUACCAAUAACGAUGUCGGCGCAUCUUCCAUCUCAACACGAUCCCUAACGGAUGUCGCGUUCGGCACUAUGGCAAAUGAUCAUUCUUCACAUCCUGCCCUUGGCCAUCUUAUUCUGUUAGUCUUCGAAGCUGUCAUGGAAGUCGUAUGCGUUAGUUUACCGGGUUAUAUCGUGGCACGACAAGGAAUGUUCGAUGCAGACAAACAGAAGUUUCUUGCAAAUUUAAAUGUUGCUCUCUUCACACCUUGUUUGAUCUUUACCAAAUUGGCAUCUCAAUUGACGGCAGAUAAAUUGGUUGAACUCGCGGUCAUCCCAGUCAUCUUCAUCGUGCAAACACUGGUAUCAUAUCUGGUUUCGGUAGGAGUUGGUAAAGCAUUUGGAUUUGGAAAAAGACCUGCCAACUUUGUUACUGCUAUGGGUGUAUUCGGAAAUUCAAACUCUCUGCCCAUUUCCCUCGUAAUUUCGUUGUCGCAAACAUUAAAAGGUUUACAUUGGGAUAAGAUACCUGGAGAUAACGACGAUGAGGUUGGCGCAAGAGGUAUCCUAUACCUUCUCAUCUUUCAACAAUUAGGUCAACUAGUUCGUUGGAGUUGGGGCUAUCACGUUUUACUUGCACCACCUGAAACCUAUAAGGAUGAGGAAGAAGGACGAUACAGAGAUGAACCUGUUCUAAUCCCUGGAUUAGAUGGUGAAGACAAUGACGACAAUGGUGAAUCAUCCUCAAACUCUUCCAAUUUUGGUGGUAGAACACCAGUUACCCACGCUUUACAUGACAAUUCAGAUGAAGAAGAACCUGCAAAAUUACCUGGUAUCAUGGCCACGCCUACGAAUGGAAAUCACUUACCGAGUAAUAAUGAUGAUAUUACUUCAUUCCCAAGUAUUCGAACACCACCAUCUGAAGCGGAAUCAGAAAUCCCUGAUGGAAUUCGAGGUUGGAUCCCCAAGGCAAAAUUCCAUACGAAACGAACCGUCGCUAAAGCAUCUCACAAUACCUAUCAUGCUUUACCAACUCCUGCUCAAGGACUCGUUACAAGGGUCUCAAAUUCUACCAACAAGUUUUUAACUGGUCUUUGGGAAUUUAUGAAUCCACCUCUCUGGGCUAUGCUUCUCGCUGUUAUUGUCGCAUCUAUUCCAAAACUUCAACACCUUUUCUUCGCUGAGGGAUCUUUCAUCGCCAACUCCGUUACACGAGCCGUCUCUCAAUCAGGAGGUGUGGCUGUUCCCCUCAUCUUAGUCGUCCUCGGUGCAAACCUUGCUAGAAAUACACUUCCUCAACAUGUUCUCGAUGAAAAUUCAGAAGAGAAUCAAAUUGGCACCAAACUUCUCAUCGCUUCCUUGAUUUCCAGGAUGUUGCUUCCAACAUUGAUCAUGGCACCACUUUUAGCUUUAACAGCAAAAUAUGUUCCAGUUAGCAUAUUGGAUGAUCCUAUUUUCGUUAUCGUCUGCUUCUUGCUGACGGGUGCACCUAGUGCUUUGCAAUUGGCGCAGAUUUGUCAAAUCAAUGGGGUUUAUGAGGGAGUGAUGAGUAAAUUACUUUUCCAAAGUUAUGUUAUUUGGAUUUUGCCGAGUACAUUGAUUUUGGUUAUGUGUGCGUUGGAGGUUGUGGAGUGGGCUGCUUAA